AUGUCGUCACGUCCGUCUUUGCUGGACUUGCGAUCCGAUACGGCACAGUCGAAUCUUUCUACAGUUUCUAAACCUCUACGCUCACCUCGCCUACAUGUCGCCGGUGAAAUCCCUCCCGAGCUGUCGCCCCUCGAUGCUUUUGCCAUGCAGAGCCGUUUGCUUGCAAGACAAUUACAAGAAAGCGCCAAGGAGGGCAAUCGAAUAAGCCGCCUGCCUCCUCUAACCGUUGAGAGCCCUUUAAUAGUUCAAGGACGUUCCGAUUACUUUCGUUCCUUAUCGCAAGAUUCAGGCUCAGAAGCCGGCGACCAUCCCCCUCUGCGCCCUCCUUCCGGCCUUGGAUUAAGGACAGAAUUGGAAGAUGCCUUCAGCGAUGAGGCUGAGCGCCCUGUAUCGAUGCAUCCACGAAUGAGUCGAAUACCACCAACACCCGAUGAAGAAGUACCUGCAGUACCUCCUCGAGCUGCGUCUAGAGGACAAAUCUUGGAUCACAUCGAUGAGACGGGCUCAUUCUAUGGCGCUAGGAGAGAACGAUCACCCUCAUCAUUACAUAGUGAUACACUCUCCCAGUCUGAUAGGCGAAUUGAGUCGUCACCAACUCGGAAGGAUGAUAACGCUUCUUUGCUCUCCGCCCGACGACCCAGCGGCUCGAUUAGUGGUUCUAUAGCCGGCUCACCAGAGAAGCCCAAGGUGCACUCGUUCGACGAGCUUGGGCUCGCACCACCUCAGAACUUCUUCCCCCAAAGAAGACGUACGCCCAGCAAUGUUUCCUCUCCGGCUGUAGUCACCGACGAGGAUGGCUCCGGCAACAUGGCUGGUUCAUUUCAUUCACUGCCUCCACGGAAACUAUCCUCUGCAAGUGCAAUGGCAUCGCCAGGCAUGGGCUCAUAUCGACGAUCACCAUCCAUUGGCUCCGAAUCCUCUGCGCUCCCUCGACCUUCCUUCAAUUUCUCAAGACCGAUGAGCAGGUCAGGAACACCCGGUAUGGAGCCACCCUUAAGACAAGCUUCCUCUGAUAGCCAACCCUCGUUCAUAUUGGCUGAUGACUCGGCUCAUACACCAGUGAGCAUGCACAGUGAAGCAUUCCUUGAGCAGCAGGCCGAAGAUCGCGACAAGGGUGCACCAUCAUACAUCUAUUCCAAAUUCACACUUCCGAGAGGCAAGUCUAUUCAACGAGGGGACGGAGAUGAACAUACCCAAGGACCUUUCGACUGGGAGCACCCCAUCGUCCCUCCGAGCGAUCACCAAUUUGAGAAUGCUCCUCCUCCGUCACCUCCAACACGACCGGCGAGUUCUUCAGCCAAUACCGCUCCGGAUGAUUCGAUAGCAUCAGGAAGCCCAAUGCCGAAGGCUUCCGUAGAACUGAGAAAGGUCCAAUCAGCGACAACGCCACCACCCAUGCCAGAGCUAUCUUCAACUCAAGGCGAACCCUCAGUUGAAGAAUCGCGACAUUCUGAAGAUGUACCAAGAGGUCGAGGUCGAGGCCGCACACCUGUCUCAAUUGAUACAAGCGACAGUGCAAGCACCAUUAGACCGCCACCCACUGCUCGCUCGACUGCCCUGACCGUUUCAGAGAUGAGUGCGGAGGAACACUUGGCCAAGGGCAUCGAAUGCCACGAGAACGGAGACCUGAAGGAAUCUACAUAUCACCUCAGACAUGCAGCUCGCUUGAAUGACCCGACCGCCAUGCUCCUAUACGCGCUUGCCUGCCGGCAUGGAUGGGGUAUGCGUGCAAACCAAAAGGAGGGUGUGGAAUGGCUAAGAAAAGCUGCGGAAUACGCUAGUGUCGAAAUCGCGGAUGACGAGAGCCAUGCGAAGGAAGGCAAGCAUGUCGAUGUUGUAGAGCGGAGGACCAGAAAGGCUCAAUUCGCCUUGAGUAUUUACGAACUGGGAGUGAGCCACAUGAAUGGCUGGGGCAUUGAGCAGGACAAAUCAUUGGCUCUGCGGUGCUUCGAGAUCGCCGGUAACUGGGGCGAUGUUGACGCGCUGGCAGAAGCUGGUUUCUGCUAUGCGCAGGGUAUCGGCUGCAAAAAGAAUCUCAGAAAGAGUGCCAAAUUUUAUCGAAUGGCUGAAGCCAAGGGCAUGAGCAUGGUUGGAAACAGCUGGAUUCAUAAGGCCAAGUACGAUGAUGACGAUGGCGAAUCAGCCACGCCCAAGAAGGAUAAAAAGAAGGCCCGGAGCAAGUCCCGAACCAGAACCAUGUUUGGAUUGAAGUAA